UAGAGGUAUGGCUUAAAUCACAUUACACUGAGAAAAAAGGGAAACCCUCAGAUCCUUCCACAAAUUCAUAUCCAAAAACCCUUCCUUCUCUCCUAAUUAACACAUACGAAGACGAAUCCAGCUCUCACUCUCUCUCUCUCUAGGGUUUUUGAUUCUCUUCUCUGCGUUCUGCUUCCAAGAGUUCCCUCGUGUUGGCACAUUAAAUGGGACCAGAUGAAAUGAUGUGGUUGCCACAUUGUGAUUGUAGUUCAGCUUAUAAGUCUUGAUUUGUUGGUGUGUUUCUUCAAUGGGGGACGCGGAAAAGGCCUUUCCACUGACAAAGAAGAGGGCUGCUGGAAGGGAACUUUCUAGGGACAAUCCUGGUCUUGAUGAUGAAGAUUCUUCUGAUCAAGAAACUGGAACUUUUAAGAGGGCUACUGACGAGGUGAUAGCCAGCAGAAGAAUUGUCAAAGUUCGUCGCAAUCAAACUUCCUCCAAUCCUUCACCUAACCCAUUUGCUGCAAUUCGCUUGGUCCCUGCUACUGAGUCUGGGGUUGUCAUUGCCGGAGCUACAGCUGAAAAAGUCGGAGCUAAUGAUAAGACAGUUUUGAAAGACCAGAAAGAUUAUGUUAAGGAGGAAACAGAAAAAACACUUUCAGAGGAUGCAGGAAAAGAUGCUGUCAAGGAGGAUGCAGGAAAAGAUGAUGUCAAGGAGGAAGCAGAAAAAACACUUCCGGAGGAUGCAGGAAAAGAUGCUGGCAAGGAGAGUGAGAAGGAUGGAGAAGAGAAUAUUAAGAAAUCAGAAAGCAAUAGUGGUGGUGAACCAGUCACUGAAGCUGCUGCAGACAAGGAUAACACUGAAGAUAAGAAGACUGAGACUGUCAGCGAGGCAACAAAGCCUGAGGUUGAUGAAGGAAAAACUGCAGGAGGUGAUACGAAUGACAAAGAAGAUAGGAAUGAUGACGGUGAUAAGAAUGUCGAUCAAGGUACACAAGGUGCCGCUCUCAGUUCAUUCCAACAGCUUUCAAGUAGCCAAAAUGCUUUCACAGGACUUGUGGGGACAGGGUUUUCAACUUCCACAUUCUCCUUUGGGUCAAAUCCUAAAGAAGGAUCUGGUUUCAGUGCAAGUUCUGGUUCUCUAUUUGGGCAGACGAAUGAUCAGCCUGCCUUUAGUUUUGGUCUCUCAAAUAAUGGAAAUUCAUCGUUCUUUAACACUCCAGGGGCUUCUAUCAUUCAUAAGAGUGAGGGAACUGGUUUCCCAUCAAUGCAGGAGGUUGCAGUUGAGACGGGAGAAGAAAAUGAGAGAGUAGUUUUCUCUGCUGAUUCCGUGUUGUUUGAGUUUACUGAUAAAAGUUGGAAGGAGCGGGGAAAGGGUGAACUUAAGGUAAAUGCAUCUACAACAGGAACGGAAAGAGCCAGGCUUGUUAUGAGAGCCAGGGGAAAUUACAGAUUGAUUUUGAAUGCAAGUCUUUACCCAGAUAUGAAGCUCGCUAAUAUGGAAAAGCGAGGAAUCACAUUUGCCUGCAUCAAUAGCAAUGGUGAAGGGAAGGAUGGCCUGUCCACAUUUGCACUGAAGUUCAAGGAUGCCUCUGUAGUGGAAGAGUUUCGAACGGUUGUCAUUGCUCACAAAGAUAAAACACCCGCUGUUUUGAAGACUCCAGAAAAUUCCCCCGAAGCUUCAGAUGAAUGAGUUUUACUGGACUGUUUUGCUAAAUAAUGCCAUUCCUGCAGAAGUUGCGGCUGUGCUUUCUCCACGGUGGAGUCGUGGAGACGUAGUAUCUUGGCUAGAGUUGGUUGUUUCUAGGCCUUGUGUUGUAGGAGAUUAUAGAGUCCGAUGUCUUUUUAAUAUUCAAUUGCGGUCUAGUCCUUGAGAAUGUUUUUAAAGUACUUUUUUCCAGGUAUUUGGCCACUCACAGGUUCAACUUGCAUAAUCUGCGUCUGGAAAGACAUGGAUUUUUUGCAAUUCUGAAGCCAUACCCUGAUACCCUUGAUAUGGGUUAGUUACACAUAUUGGACAUUUUGUCGAGUAUUUGAAUCUUAUGCAGUUUAUGCCA